UUUGUGAAUUCGGAUGCGCAGCGUAACAUCGCCGAGACUCUUAUUCCACGGCUCUUAUUCCACGGCCACUUCUGCUCUUCUUUCUUGAAGGUGAACGGAGAUAGCAGUCAACUGUGAACAAGAUAUCUGUCAGUUGUGAACGAACCGGCAGCGAUGCCCGUUCACUGAGGCCCCCAAACCGGGUAUAAAGCCUCCCUUCCUCUCCAGCUGAAAUCCUCUCAACUCCCAUUUCCCUCCACACCCCGCGGGACCCCAACAGCGUCAUGACUGAAUGUACGCCCCCUUUUCCACGGAGAAACACGACUCAGGUGGUUUCCUAUUACUAGAUAGAUUGGUCAUGGACCACGAUACCCUCUUUGUAUCCCCUUUUCGUAUUUUACUGUUUUACAGCUGACCCAACCCCGCUAUGGUGGGUGACUAUUGCCUCCAUUGGGAAUUCCCCCACCUGGGCCAUUCCAGGAUUUAUCCGGUGGGAUCGUGGAGGGCGCAGGCACUUGGCGGUCAGCAGCGAUACAAGCGGGGAAGGCAACAGACCACCGGUUUCAAGGAAAUGAUGACAUUAUUUUUAUCACGUCACAUAUGUCUGCGAGUGAUUCUGAUUUCCGAUGAUGUUUCUGUGCUGAUCCUUCUCCUAUCCUUUGCCCUUGGACGCCACGUGGGCAGGUCUGGGUGGUGGCUUUAGCCAAGCUUGGUGGGACAGCGCCUCACGGCGCCUUAGCCCUCGCCUCAUGAGCUUGUUUAAUGGCCUGAGUCUUAACUCUCCGAGCCGGCCACGGACGGGCAGGAAAAAUCAGCCGAGUGUGCGGCGUGCCGUAUCAUCCGACUCUUCCGCCGGCACAGACGGGAUGCCGAGGGAGCAGAACUGGUGACGGGUGGCAAGCUCAACAGGUCGACCUCGCCUGGUCCAGCCACGGCCUCCCUCAGCACGCCCCACUCCCGAUCACCCUUUGGCUCACCGAGCCUCAAGCUUCUCACCGGCCACCUCCCACGACACAGUGCCCAUUGGAACCGAGAGAAAAAAAAUUGAAAGCACAGAAAAACUCAAGAGAAAACAAGCCUGAUCGGCAGGAGAUGCCGGCCGAUCGGACCUCGACGAACCAACCACACGUAUCGGAUUAUUAUGCAUAAAUGGAGGCUGC